AUGGUAAUCAGUGGGAGAAUUCCUUUGUACUUGUACGUUCCUGCUUCUGUAUAUUCAGUUCUCUGUCGGAUAGUGGCUUCUGUUUCUCUACAGACUGACAAGGAAGUUUUGCUACGGCUGAAGAAGUUUCUCAUAGAAAACAAUCCGGUAAAUCAAGGUCCAUACACUGAAUGGAACAGAAGUUCAUCUCCUUGUUCUUGGCCGGGAAUUUCUUGCAAUGGGGCACGAGUUACCGGAGUCAAUCUCUCUUACUACAACAUUUCUGGGGGCAUCUUUCAACACUUCUCUGCUUUAACCCAACUCUCAGAGCUUGAUCUCUCCAAGAACACCAUUGACGGUCCAAUUCCAGCUGAUUUGAGUCGAUGCAAAAAGCUUAGAUAUCUAAACCUCUCUCAUAACAUCCUUGAAGGAGACUUGAACUUGACUGGACUCACCAGCCUAGAGACACUGGAUCUAUCCGUUAAUAGACUCCAUGGUGAAAUUCAAUCAAGUUUUCCUGCAAUAUGCGACAGAUUAGUCGUUCUCAACAUCUCUGCAAAUAACCUCACUGGCAGCAUUAAUAAUUGCUUUGACAAUUGUUGGAGCUUGCAGCAUGUUGAUCUCAGCUCGAAUGGUUUCAGUGGAAAUUUCUCGUUUGAGUUUUCAAGGCUGAGAAAGUUCGUGGUGUCCGAGAAUAAACUAGGUGGAGAAGUUCCACCAUCCAUCUUCAACGAGAAUUGUAGUCUAGAAUAUAUAGACAUAUCAGAAAAUUACUUCUCUGGCGAAGUUCCGAAAGAAAUCUCCAAGUGCAAAGAUUUGGUAUAUUUGAAUUUGUGGGGAAAUAAUUUCACAGGAAAGCUUCCCCCAGAGAUUGGACUGCUGUCAAACCUUGAAGCUCUAGUGUUAGGAAGGAACAAUUUCUCAAGAGAAAUUCCAGAAUCAUUGAUAAAUUGCAGCAGGUUAACAUUUCUGGACCUUAGCAAAAAUGGGUUUAGAGGAGAUAUACAGAAUAUAUUUGGAAAACUUGAGCAGGUGCAAUUUCUUUUGUUGCAUGGAAAUUCAUAUACAGGAGGAAUACACUCUUCAGGAAUCCUCAAAUUGCCGAAUCUAAGUCGAUUAGACCUCAGCUACAACAAUUUCUCUGGGCCGUUAUUGGUUGAAUUCUUUGCAAUGCCGAAACUAAAGUUCUUGAUCCUUGCCUUCAAUCAAUUCUCUGGCUGUAUACCACCAGAAUUGGGAAACUUACCACUUCUCCAAGCGCUUGACCUUUCAUUCAAUAGACUAACUGGACAGAUUCCUUCUACGAUUGGAAAGUUGAGUUCUCUCUUAUGGUUGAUGCUUGCAAACAAUUCACUAACAGGAGCAAUUCCUCGGGAGAUCGGAAAUUGCAGUAGCUUGUUAUGGCUAAACCUUGCCAACAACCGAUUAUCUGGGUGCAUCCCACCGGAAUUGGCACAUAUUGGCCGAAAUGCCACUCCAACAUUCAAGUCCAACAGAGAGUCCAAUGGAGUCAUAGUUGGUUCCGGUGAAUGUCUGGCGAUGAAGAGAUGGAUUCCAGCAGACUAUCCGCCUUUCAGCUUUGUAUAUACAAUCCUCACUGGGAAGAGUUGUGGAAGCAUUUGGAAUCGAUUACUCAAAGGGCAUGGCCUUUUCCCAAUCUGUGCUGGUAAUUCAGUAGUUUGGACAUUUCAGAUAUCAGGCUAUCUCCAGUUAAGUGGAAAUCAGUUUUCAGGCGGAGUUCCUCCACAAAUUGGUGAGAUGAAGAAUUUCAGUCUCCUCCAUCUCGGAAUGAAUGCAUUUUCUGGAGAACUCCCACGGGAGAUUGCAGAGUUGCCUCUUGUAGUUCUUAACAUCUCCCACAACAAAAUUUCUGGUGAAAUUCCAAUGCAAAUCGGGCAAAUCAAGUGCUUACAGAAUCUCGAUUUGUCUUACAAUAAUUUCUCGGGGGAGUUUCCGGCAAGCUUGAAUGGUUUGAACGAGCUGAACAAAUUCAAUGUCUCAUACAAUCCAUUCAUCUCUGGUGAAAUCCCGUCCACGGGACAAUUGGCAACAUUUGAAGAGGAGUCGUUCCUUGGUGACCCACUUCUACGUCUCCCAGCUUUCAUAAACAAAACCAUACCAGGCAAACAGGGGGAUGGAAAGACCAUGGAGAGGCCGAAGAAACCGAUCAUGAGUAAAGCAAUAUUUUUCGCUUUUCUAGUCUUGACCAUGGCGUUCUUGAUAUGCGGAAUCUUUUCCGUCAUCGUUUACACAAUGGUUAGAGAUCCGAUUGAGUCGUCGGGGUAUUUGCUGGAGGAUACAGAGCACAGGCAUGACAAGGUGUCGUGUUCCUCUUGUGCACUAUCAUCAGGGACAUCGGAUUCCGUCAAGGUUAUCCGAUUAGAUAAAACGGCAUUUACAUACGCCGAUAUACUCACGGCCACCGGCAACUUUUCUGCGGAGAGGAUAUUAGGUAAGGGUGGGUUUGGAACGGUGUACCGCGGCGUCUUGCCUGAUGGGAGAGAUGUAGCAGUGAAGAAGCUACAGAGAGAAGGUGUCGAAGGAGAGAGAGAAUUCCGGGCAGAAAUGGAGGUAUUGAGCGGCAAUGGAUUUGGGUGGCCGCACCCUAAUCUUGUAACGCUUUAUGGGUGGUGCCUUUAUGGGUCAGAGAAGCUACUGGUCUAUGAGUACAUGGAAGGUGGGAGCUUGGAGGAUCUUGUGUCCGACAGGACAAGACUGACAUGGCAGAGGCGGAUUGAAGUGGCCAUUGGUGUGGCUCGGGCUCUGGUAUUUCUGCACCAUGAGUGCUUCCCGCCGAUUGUACACCGGGACGUGAAGGCCAGCAAUGUGUUGCUUGAUAAACAUGGCAAGGCACAUGUGACGGACUUCGGGCUAGCCAGGGUGGUCAGUGCUGGGGAGAGCCAUGUGAGCACAAUGGUGGCCGGAACAGUGGGGUAUGUUGCACCGGAGUAUGGGCAGACGUGGAAGGCGACGACCAAGGGCGAUGUGUACAGCUUUGGAGUACUGGCCAUGGAGUUGGCGACUGCAAGGCGGGCUGUUGAUGGAGGGGAAGAGUGCCUGGUUGAGUGGGCCAGAAGGGUUAUUGGGGACGGACGGCCAGAGGUGGACGGAACCAUGGUUCCGGUGGUGGUUCUAGGAUCUGGGCUUGCCGAAGGGGCACUGGAGAUGUGUGAGUUGCUGAGGAUUGGUUUGCGCUGCACGUCGGAGGCGCCCCACAAGAGACCGAAUAUGAAGCAGGUUUUAGCCACGUUGAUCAAGAUUUCCAGCUGCUAGCAUGUAGCAAAGGCCUGGUCUGGUGCCUGAAAUUAUUCAUUAAUUCACAAUAUUUGA